AUGGACAUCAACGACGAAUAUUUAAAAAUGGCUGAGAAAACAACGCGAGAUACCUUGGAGCAUUUUUGUAAAGGGUCAUGCAAUGAUUUAAACGUUUUCGAGCAGUCUCCAUUGGUAGAAGACUACAUAUCUGGUCGAGCUGCCAAAGCAUCUUUUUAUGCAAACGGAAACUACUACCCGCAUGAAUACUAUUUAUGCGAUGGAAUUUAUCCAAAGUAUUCAAUUGUCAUGAAGACGUUCAGGGACUCGUACAAUGAAAAAAGAGCUCAGUUUAAAAAGGUUCAAGAGUCUUCGCCGAAGGAUAUUGAGAGAUGCUUUGGGGUUCUUCAACAACGGUGGCAUUCUUUGAGAAAUACUUGUCGUGCAUGGAGCAAAGAAAAAAUGAGAGAUGCUAUGUACGCUUGUAUAAUAAUGCAUUAUAUGAUUUUGGAAGACAAAGGAAAAGUAAUAUGCCAGAACUAUGUACCGGAAGACGUUCAGGAGUAUCCACAAGCAACAUUGGAAGAAAGAGUGAAGAAUGCACAUGAAUUGUGGUCUGAAGCGGCACAUAGUGAGUUAGCGCUUGAUUUGGUCGAACACGCGUGGUCGGUUCGUUAUAUUCCAAACGAGGGUGAGCAAGAGUCAGAUGAGACGAAGAAGACGAAGAUGAUGGAAAUGGCGAAAGCGAAGACGAGAAUUAAAAAACAAUAUUAUUAG